UUUUAACCCAAAAUCAGUGCGGCGCUUUCCUGGCCCACAACUGCCCCGUCCCGCGGACUGAAAACGUUCGAGCGGUGCCCAAGAAGGAGGCUGCCCCAUUCCGCGGUCUGCGAGAACCGAGGAGAUGGCCGCUUCAGUGCAGGAGGCCACAGUGCCCCAGGACGAGCUCGUCGCCGCGGCAUCACAACUGCGGCUCGACGAUGUGAACAUCGCGCGGAGUUUCUGCAAGGUCUUCGCCGCGCGCGCCCGCGCGGCCGAGGCGCACGGGGCGCGUGCCAAGGCGUUCGGCGAGUGGCGGCGCUGCACGGAGCGCGCCGCACCCGCGGCGCCCGCGUCGGCGACGCCGCGGAAGCGCCGCCGGACGCCGCUGAAGGCGCUUGAGAACAUUCAGCCCACGUCGGGCGGCAAGCCCCGGUCCGCACGGAGCCCGAGGUCCCCGCGGCCCGCGUCGAACGGCAAGUCGGGGCGACGGAGCGCGACGAAGUCGCCGCCGCGCGGCACGCCGCACCCCUACGUGCCGCCGCCGCCGCCGCCCGAGUCGCCCGCGGUCGCGUCGCCGCGUCGCGUGCGCUGGUCGCCCGUCGCGCCUGCUGCGGCCACGCCGGAAAAGACAGCCGUGCGCCGCGACCUCUUCUCGCGCGACGAGAACGACGCCGCGCCGCCGGCGAAGGAGGACGCGCCGCUCGCGCUGCCGUCGCCGGCGAAGGCCUCGCCGCUCGCACUGCGGCCGCGGCACACGCCGCCGCCGAAGACGCCGGCCGACGCCUCGCCGGUCGUCUCGCCGGCGCCGCGCGUGACCCCCUCGGAGGCGGCGGAGCAGACCGGCGCCUUUACGGGAACGCUCGGCCGCGUGGCACGCCGAAGUGACGAGGCGCCGAAGGUCGUGACGCCGUACGGGUCGAAGCUCGAGCAGUGGCGCGACAAGUACCGCGCGGGCUACACCUCCCGCCCCGCCCCCGAGAACUUCGGCGAGAAGGUGGCCCGACCGUUCCGGUUCACGCGGCCCGCGGUCGGCUGGCGCUGCAACCUGUGCUUCGCGCGCAACGCGGCCGACGCGGCGUCCUGUGAACUAUGCCACGAGGCCAAGCCCGAGGCGGCGGCGGCGUAAUCCUUCUCCAGUCU